ACUUCGAUUUAUUUUGUGAGAAUUUUUAUACGAUCGAAAAAGCAGAAAAAUUAUUCACCGCACAGCAAAAACUAGGUUCUAUUGCAAAAUAAACGUAAUCAUAUAAAAUUAGCAAAAAAUGCGUGAAAUUGUCCAUAUACAGGCGGGUCAGUGUGGUAACCAAAUUGGUGGUAAAUUCUGGGAAGUUAUAUCCGAUGAACAUUGUAUUGAUGCCACGGGCACCUAUUAUGGCGAUAGUGAUUUGCAAUUGGAACGUAUAAAUGUGUAUUACAAUGAGGCCACUGGUGCGAAAUACGUACCGCGUGCAAUUUUAGUUGAUUUAGAGCCGGGUACCAUGGAUUCGGUAAGAUCUGGGGCUUUCGGUCAAAUAUUUAGACCAGAUAAUUUUGUGUUCGGCCAGUCGGGGGCUGGAAAUAAUUGGGCUAAGGGUCAUUAUACCGAGGGUGCCGAAUUGGUGGACUCUGUUUUGGAUGUAGUGCGCAAAGAAUCUGAGGGCUGUGAUUGCCUGCAGGGUUUCCAAUUAACUCAUUCUUUGGGUGGUGGCACGGGAUCGGGUAUGGGUACUUUAUUGAUUUCGAAAAUUCGUGAAGAAUAUCCCGAUCGUAUUAUGAAUACUUUUUCGGUAGUACCCUCACCUAAAGUAUCCGAUACUGUGGUAGAGCCUUACAACGCUACCCUAAGUGUUCAUCAAUUAGUGGAAAAUACCGAUGAAACCUACUGCAUAGACAACGAAGCUUUGUAUGACAUUUGCUUUCGGACUUUAAAACUUACCACUCCCACCUAUGGUGAUCUAAAUCAUUUAGUUUCGGCCACUAUGUCUGGCGUUACCACAUGUUUACGUUUUCCGGGUCAAUUGAAUGCAGAUUUAAGAAAAUUAGCCGUUAAUAUGGUGCCAUUUCCUCGUUUACAUUUCUUCAUGCCCGGUUUUGCCCCUUUAACUUCACGUGGUUCCCAGCAGUAUCGUGCCCUAACGGUGCCUGAAUUAACUCAGCAAAUGUUUGAUGCCAAAAAUAUGAUGGCUGCCUGUGAUCCACGUCAUGGCCGUUAUUUAACAGUGGCAGCAAUAUUUCGUGGCCGCAUGUCUAUGAAGGAGGUCGAUGAACAGAUGCUUAAUAUACAAAAUAAGAAUAGUAGUUUCUUUGUUGAAUGGAUACCGAACAAUUGUAAAACUGCUGUAUGUGAUAUACCACCUCGAGGUCUUAAAAUGUCGGCGACAUUUAUUGGUAAUUCAACAGCUAUCCAGGAACUCUUUAAGCGUGUCUCUGAACAAUUUACCGCCAUGUUUCGUCGCAAGGCAUUUUUACAUUGGUACACCGGAGAGGGUAUGGAUGAAAUGGAAUUUACAGAGGCCGAAAGUAAUAUGAAUGACUUGGUAUCGGAAUAUCAACAGUAUCAAGAGGCCACGGCCGAUGAAGAGGGUGAAUUCGAUGAAGAUGAGGAAGGAGGUGGUGACGAAUAAAUAAAAAAGUUUAGUGGGUUCGGUAUUAGCGCGUUUUUUUUAGUUAGCAUUUUUGGAGAUUUGCAAAUACAGAUUUAAAUUUUUUAUAGUAAAACUUUGUUUCUUUCAUUAUAAAAUAUAAUGGAUAUUUUCCAAGUUUUUGAGUAAAUUGUUGUUUAUGCUUAUGGGGAAAUAAAGGAAUUAAA